AUUGCAAACGUCUGCUCACAGUUUCACUCCUGGACUUCAGGAAGCCUCCAGUGGACAGACUUUAUUCAGACCAUGAUGGUUCUCAGGGUUGAGACAUGACGUGAGCAGUUAACAGACGGUGAGGAACAGUUCAGACGUGGGUGAAGGAAGAACUGAAGCAGAAUGAAUCCGAUAAGGAAGGACAUGGAGCUGCUGAGUAACAGCAUGGCUACCUUUGCUCACAUUAAAGAGAACACGGAGAGCUUCGCGCUGUACUUCAUGCUCGGCGUGUGUUUCGGUCUGCUGCUGGCUCUCACGCUCCUCAUUCUGGGAUUCGCCUGCAGGCCUCGAAAGCUCACGAAGAAACCAACCGCUCCCGACAAAAAAAGCCCCAAAGAGUCCGGCAAGGACGCAGAGGACGGACACGAGGACAAGAGCGAUGAAGAAGCAGCAGAGGACGAGGUUCCCGACGUCACUGUAGCACUGGUCAACGAUCACAGCCAGAAUAACGGGACUAUCAGGAGUGUGAACGUGUUCUCCUCAGACGAGGAGCUGGAGAGAGCUCGCAGGUUAGAGGAGAGGGAACGGAUCGUCAGGGAGAUCUGGAGGAACGGACAGCCGGAUAUUCUGGUCACCGGGACCGGAACAAUCGGCCGGAAGCACUAUAACUAAAAGCAUUCCUAAUUAAAGACUGUUGGAAAGCUUGUGCACUUGUCAGGUACAUUUUCAGGAGAUGUUUUCAUAUUUUUGGAGUGUUUGUAUAUAGUUUUGCACCACUUAAAUUUCAUUAAAAUUUUUAC